AUGGGCAAUUAUACAACCAGUCCUGCAGAAGCUGCACAUAGUGCACUUAAAGGACACAAUACGGCUAUUUUUAAGUGCACUAUGCCUAAGAUAUUUGUGCAUCUUGAUAAGAUUUCGUGUGAUCCAUCAUUGAUUGGAAAUCCAAUCUACGCCAGAAUCCUCAAGGUUAUCAGCGCUUACGCCAUUAAAAAGAUAAGGGAGCAAGUAAAUCUUUUUUACGAUGAGAUGAAGAAGAAUGAACUAAGGCCAUGCACUGGCGUCUUCAAAACUACCAUGAAACUUCAGUGGAGACCCACAAUUUUUGACGAAGAGUACAAAAACAUCAAAGAAGGUGGUAAUGGCAAUGUAUCAAAUAUACAUGCCAGAUCAGACAUUGUUGUUUUGCUUUCUUCGAUUGACAGAAGAUGGCAUAUCAGUAAGGGGAAUGCUGAGAAACAAAUCGCACCCACAGCCGCAACGGAAAGUACAGACAUGUAUGCAGAUGCAACCGAGACGGAGAUCACUAUCUUCAAGUUAAAGACGGCAUUAGAUUCAAUUAAAUUUAAGCAUUUCAAGGACGAGAAGCUUGAUUUAAUUCACAUUGAGAUCAUUCAGCCUCCUCCAAAAAAAACGAAAGACUCAAACUUGCCAUCCAGUCAAAAACUGGCCAAAUCAGGACGGAUACUGUCUCAAGGCGAAGCAGUGGAUGUCGAUGUCCACAAAGAAGCGAGAAUAAAAAAGCAGCAACAAAAGAAGACUUUGCCAAAACCCGUUUUGACAAGUCACAUGCUGGAAAAGAGCGCCAGACUACAGAGCAAAGAAGUUACCAAACCCCACCAUCAUGUCCUUCAAGCUUGUAUGCCCAAGUUCAUGAUCGGUCAUGUUGCUUUGGUGACGGAUGUUGAUGGAGACGGAAACUGCGGCUUCCGAACUAUAGCUACAUCAGUUGGAAAAGAAGACAUUCUGAAAACAGCAAUUUCUGUUGGUGUUGAAGUUAAUGAUGAGUAUGAAAGAGACGAAGAUUUCUACAUGUAUGUUAGAAAAUCUCUGUACAAUCAUCUGAUCAGCAACAAAACACACUACUUUUCGUACAUUCUUGCCGAUUGUAUCAUGGAGUAUGAAGAACUGUUAAAACGUAUUCACCUAUCGUACAGAGGUGGUUGUGAAAUCAACAAUUGGAUGAUAAUGAACUCCACAACUAAUUCUUCUAAACACAUGUCCGGUUAUCUGAUUGCGGAUUUGUACCCGCGCCCUGUUUAUUUCUAUUCACAGAAGAGCAAAAGUAUUUGUACCUUCUUGCCGGAUUGUCCCAUAAACUCAAAUCGAACCAUCAGUUUUUUAUUCUAUGGAAACCAUUACAUAUCACUUCAAAUGUACCCAGACGGUCCUCUUCCCCCAUUAACUAAUAACUUAGAAUAUAGAAAAGCCAUAGAUUCCAACUAUUGGAAUUUAUAUGUCAACUCUAGAGUCGCUCUAUACAAAACAUUACACUCACAAGAAACAAGAAACUCCACUUUGAUUGAAUCAAACAACCCAGAAAAAGAACCAACAACCGCAAAAACAGCACCAUUAAAAAUAACUGCUCGACUUGUUUCCGAUACAAUUCUAUGCAAGCCCAAACGUGUAGUCUUGCCCCCUCUUCCUCCACAGUCACCUUUUAUUUUGAAAACCUUCGAAAAAAUCCGUAACCUAGCUACGCCUGCAAUCACAACGCUUUCUUGCUUCAAGUGCCAAAAGCACAUUUUCCAAGACGGUGACCAGGAUACGUCUAUGCUCAAAGAAUACACUGAAAUUGACAUCUUAACAAAGGAGCUUGAUAAAAAAAAAAAAAAAAAUGCGGAAAACAACUGCUACGAAAGAAAAUACAAGAAACUUAAAGGUGAAUGGCACAAAUUAAACAAUAAGCUUAACCCAAGAUUAGAUGAAUUCUGCAAUUCCCAUAAAAUCCAGCAAUUUCUGCCAACAAUUACCAGGUACAACUGUCUAAGUGUUGAUUUUGAAUCACUUAAACAUCCCGCCUUCGAGUUGGUUAAUAGUGGAACUGUCCAGAAACUAGUUUCGGGGGAAAUCAAAAGUAUAUUUAAAUCUAAAGCUGGUCAAGAUAACUCCGGAACCCAAGCCAAGCUUAAACACUUUGUCCACUUCGAACAAAACAAAAAACCAGAUCAUCGCUUUGAGGUCAUUGGUCAUGCGGCACUUUGUCGAUUUAACCAGGAUGAGUACAAAAAUUCUGAAGUCAAGAAAUCAACCUCUUUCAGACACCACAAAUUUCUUACAAUUAUUGUCAAUCCCGAAAUCGCUUGUCGAAUAAUCGCUGAAGAUCAAGGUGUGUCACUCGAAGAUCCUGCCAAAAUUAUGAUUGAAACUUAUGAAAUUCGUUCACUUUUAAAGCCAUUCGACUUCACAGCCGAUUUUGAAGAAGAUUAG